AUGUUCGCCUGCUCACUACACCGCAUCGCCCUCACUCGAAUAACCGUAGCGCGUACCCUGCACCUGAGUGCAAGCGCAGCCCACUUCCCGCGCCUCGCGAGCCACCCACACCGACUCGGACACCGGCAACACGCCGAGUUCUCCACGACGCCGAGGCGAGAUGCGGCGGAGGACGAGUCGGUGAAUGUCAUGCUCGAGACACAGCGGAAGUUCGACCGGAUAUUCAAGGAGAAGCCGGAGCUGAAGCAACAUAUGAUGGAUUUAUACCAGGUGUUGAAAGAUGAGGGGGUUGACUUUAACGGUGGUCAGGCACCAAGUAAGAUGCAAAUGCUCGGACUGGUGUUCAAGCCGAAGGUCAGGGACGCCCUCAUGAAAGUCUCCGCUUCUUUCCACGAGAUGGGGAUUAACCCCCAGGAGAUGCAAGAUGAUCUAAUAAAGAUAGCGAAGUACUGGAAACCCGAUUCGAAAUGA